AUGUCUUAUUCAAAUACCUUCACCGCUUACGUUUAUGUUCUUAUUAAACAUUCUUCUGAUAUGUUAGGAAAGAUGUUCGAGUGGGAUUCCCUAACAAAAUUAAGAAGCAUUGGCUUUGUUCAG